AUGACCACUCUGCCUGCUCUGCCCACCACCAACGUUGGCAAGAUGCCCCUAAGCCCUCAGAAGAGAGGAAGACAGGCCUUCAAAAGACUCUGCUCCCACCAUCUCACCACUUUACCCGCCUCGCCGAGGAGAGGAGGUCUGACAUUCAAAACCCUCGGCCUCCAGGAUUUCUUCACAUUACCCACCGAACUUUUGACAGGAUUCACGCCCUUAGAGUAUAAAGGAGGAAAGACCUUCAAAAGACACUGCCUUAAAAGAAUUGAUACAAUGGAAGCACUCCCUGACUAUAGGUCUAUUCGAGAUUUUAUAAGGGGGGGUCUUCAAACCCCUCUCCCUGGUUGGGAGUAUUUUAUAAGCCCUCGCAAACACUCG